AUGGUUGCUCGAGGCUCCAAAAUUCGUAGUGUAGCUUGGGAUAGGCUCAGAGGAUCACUGCAGAUUUUGAAAAACACCACAAGCAUAUUCCCACAGCUUUCUUCUGCCAUUAGCUCGCUACUAUCGUGUUUGGAUGAAUUUGAGGCAGCGGCACGAAGUCGCCAGGAUUUUGAGGACCUUGCCACUGAGCUGGCCACGCUAAGCGAUACUCUAAACCAGUAUAUACAUGGGCCUUCAUCUAUAUUUAUGUCCGGUUCUGUAAAGAGCAUCUCUAUUUCUAUUGAAAAUCAAGCAAAGGAAGUCAGGGAGAGACUGUCGCGCGGGAAGAAAGGGGGUAUACGGGGUAUCCAAGAAGAUGAAGAACUGCUAAGGUAUUAUCGACGGAUCCAGACACUAUUCCGGCAACUACAGACAAACGCGAACUCAAAUACGUGGAAGAUCGCGAAUGAACACUUGGCGAAUACGAGGCUAGAGAGCUUGAACCCAGUCAAGCAAGCUGUAUAUGAUUCGGGCCUAUCGACUGAAAUCAACCGUCGAGGCUGUACCGAAGGAACACGCACAAGAGUACUAGGGAAUCUUGAUCACUGGCAAAUCGAUCAUACAUCUCAACCUAUACUCUGGAUGAAUGGCAUGGCAGGAACAGGCAAGACCGCCAUCGCAUGGACCUUCUGUGAGCGACUCGAAAAGCGCAACCUUUUGGCGGCCAACUUUUUCUGUACUCACAGUUCGGCGGAAUGUGGGCGUGUGACGCGUAUUGUGCCGACUAUUGCGUAUCAGCUCGCUCGAUAUUCGAUUCCGUACCGGUCCACAUUGUGCAAGGUCCUAGCGGAAACUCCAGAUAUUGGAUCGAAGAAAAUACCCAUCCAAUUUGAACGAUUGCUGAAAGAACCGCUACAGCAAGUGAAGGAUGCAAUCCCCGAACAUCUCGUCGUUGUAAUAGACGCAUUAGACGAAUGCGAAGACCGUAACGGGGUUAAACUCUUCCUUGAAAUGCUUUUCCGACAUGCUCCGCAACUACCACUGAAGUUCUUGGUUACAGGACGACCUGUGCCUGAUAUAUACGGAAAAAUGAUGGACCCGUCACGUCCUCGAGAGAUCAUGUCUCUGCAUGAAGUGGAGAACUCGGUAGUACGAAACGACAUUGAACUGUACUUCAAGGAACAGUUGGCAUCCAUGGCCCUCAGCUCAGUCGAGAUAUCGCAGCUCGUAGAACGCUCUGGCGCUCUGUUCGUAUAUGCGUCUAAUCUUGUGGACUAUGUUCAAUCUGGCAAACGAUCAGGUGGCUCCCAUAAACGACUGCAGUCCCUGUUUGGCACGGUGCCUGGGCCACCGAAAUCACAUUUGCAAGUCGAUGCACUAUACAAAGCAGUGCUAGAAUCAGCUCUUAACGAAGACGAGCGAGAAAGCGAUGAAAGGGCGGAAACAUUAGCAGCACUCCGUGUUGUGCUGUCUGCUCACAAGCCAAUCGGUUUGGAGGAAAUCGCGUCUUUGUCGGGAAUCGGGGAUGGGUUGCCGCACUCUGAUGUAUCGGAUGCAAAUUCUUCCGUCCCCGACGCCCCUCAAGACAACGACAAAAUGGUUCGCUACGCCUCCGCCGCCCUUGCAACCAACCCGGAGAAGACCGCCCGUGCUCGCGGCGAGUACCUCCGCACCCACUUCAAGAACAUGCGCGAGGUUGCGGCUGCCUUGACUGGUCUCAAGCUCACCAAGGCCUAUACAUAUCUUGACAACGUGAAAGAUCACAAGCAGGUGAUCCCCUUCCGCAGGUUUGCUGGUGGUGUUGGACGUGCAUCUCAAGCAAAGGAGUUCGGUGCUACUCAGGGUCGCUGGCCUGAGAAGUCCAUCCGUUUCAUUCUCCGCCUUUUGAAGAAUGCCGAAUCCAAUGCGGAUGCGAAGAACCUUGAGCUUGAGGAGCUUAUCAUCAAGAACAUCGUUGUUCAACAGGCUCCUAAAACCCGCCGCCGCACUUACCGUGCCCACGGUCGCAUUAACCCCUACCAGGGUCACCCUGCCCACGUCGAGAUUAUCCUUUCGGCUGCUGAGGAAGAGGUAGAGAGGAACAAGGAGAAGGAUGAUAUUUCCAAGAUCGUCGCUCCCAAUCGCCGUUUGCUCGCUCGCCGACGAAUUGAGGCUUCCCGGGCAUAA